CCUGUUAGCUACAAGAAGGUGUUGAAAAUCAUCUGAUUUUUCCGAGCAAGAUGUCACGACUAAACAGCCCGACGACGAAGCGGACUACUGUGAAGAAGCCACCACAGGCGGUCAAGCGAUCUAGUUCGCCCGGAAAGAUUCAGCAAGUCGCAGGCCGUGC